CUAUAAUGACGUUGAAAUGCUAAAAAUAGUGCGUCUCGAAUAGGAGGCUGGAAACAGCGUGAUAUGUUCACCCACUUCAUGUGGCGGGCCUUUGACCUCACGUAGCCCACAUCGGCGGCAAGAAGGACUCAAGUUUCUGUGAUCUAAAAUAAAGAACGAAAACCAUGGCGGGAAACAACCGAAAGUUUUUCGUGGGCGGGAACUGGAAGAUGAACGGCAGUAAAGACUCCAUCAACGAGAUCUGCGGGUGGCUGACGGCCGGGGACAGGGGAGACACCGAGGUUGUUGUCGGCCCUCCCACCGCCUACCUGGGCUAUGUGCAGGAGAAGUUGGCAGGAUCUGGUGUUUAUGCAGCAGCACAGAACUGUUACAAGGUGCCCAAGGGAGCUUUCACUGGAGAAAUCAGUCCUGCUAUGAUCAAGGACAUCGGCUGUGAGUGGGUCAUCUUGGGUCACUCAGAGAGGAGGAAUGUGUUUGGGGAGUCUGAUGAGCUGAUUGCUGAGAAGAUAGAACAUGCCCUUGCAGAGGGGUUGAAGGUCAUCGCCUGUAUCGGAGAGAAGCUGGAGGAACGAGAGGGGGGACAGACUGAGGAGGUUGUCUUCAGGCAGACCACGGCUUUCAAAGAUAAAGUGAAAGAUUGGGGCAAGGUGGUUCUUGCUUAUGAACCUGUCUGGGCCAUCGGGACAGGCAAGGUGGCAACCCCUCAACAGGCCCAGGAGGUCCACGCCAGUCUGCGUACCUGGCUAUCUGAGAACGUGUCUCCUGCAGUAGCUAACUCACUCCGCAUCAUCUAUGGAGGUUCGGUGUCGGCCAGUAACUGCAAAGAACUCGCCACCCAGGGUGACAUUGAUGGCUUCCUCGUGGGCGGAGCCUCCCUGAAGCCAGACUUUGUUAAAAUUAUCAAUGCACGCAAAGCUUGAGGGUAGCAAGAAAUUUUUGUUGCAGAACAGAAACUGCAUUCAUGACUAUAACCUACAGAAUAAGCAAGUCAAAUAGUGCACUAGUGUAGGACAUUGGUGGUGCUUAGAUGUUGUUGGUUGUAUUGUGGUCCCUACGCAGUAUAAAGACAUGCUGGACACAAAGGUAUGGAUUAAACUGUUAAAUGUGAGGUUUCCCCAUUAUUCUGCUGAUUCUGAGAUCUUUAAUACUGUAUGUUGAAACAAGAAGGAUUGUGAAGUACCUGAGGUACAUGGUAAAUAUGAAAUAUAUGCUUUUCAAGAAGAAGAAACUGCUGGAGACAUAAAAAAUUAAGAAACAAACAAACGAAAAGAAAUUGAUUAUGCAUUUGUAGUUUAUUGUCCCUGUCUGGGCUGAAGCAACGCUAUCAUUUUAAAUUAUAUAUUUGUAGUGGGUUAAGGGACUGAAUCUGUCAUGAAGUUUAGUUUGGCACUGUGAGCAAUAAAUGUUUUGAUGGUCAUGUUG